CUCAGCUGAUCGGAGCAAGGCUUGGAACACGUAUACUCCGUGUUCGUCGCAGGCUAGUUGGGACAUGGUGCACCUAAAAUAGUUCACUUUCCCAUAUUCUGUCAACAUAACAGUGAUUAUUUAGCCCACCAACAUGGCAGAUAAAGGCCAGAAACGUUCCUUGAGUGAUUCUGACACAUCCUCUGAUGAAGACCUGCCACCGUCAUUCUCUAUGGGGGGCCCUGGCAAGAGGUCUCGCUUGAGCAUUGAUGAUGAGGCCAAGAGUGACUCAGGAGGGGAGAAUGGACAAAGUAGCAGCCCUGCCAGCAUUACCAGUCCUACCAGCCCCUCAGAUGACCAUAGCAAUGGCAUGGGAGACUUUGGCAGUAGUGGCACGUACAGCAGUGCAGCACAGCGGAUGAUGAAAAACAUGGGCUAUAAGGCAGGAAAAGGUUUGGGUAAGUAUGGGCAAGGCUUGGUGAACCCAGUGGAGGCCAGCAAGCAGCGGGGCCGAAGAGGUCUGGGUUUGCGUCUGGAGGGAUUGGAAGCAUCAAGCAACCUCAAGUGGGACAGCAGCCAGGAGGUGAGGCAUGGGAGAAAAAACAGCACCAACAAUGCAUUGUAUCUGCAAAAAAAUAAUAAAAUUCUUCAUUAUGUCUUGCAGAACGUGUUUGACCAGUUGGACCAGCGGGAGCUUCAGAGAAGUAGAUCAAGAAGCAACCCUUUUGAAACCCUAGGCAAGUUAUUCUUUCAAAAUCGGGCAGCUCUCAAGAUGGCCAAUAUUGAUGCUGUGUUUGACUUCAUGUUCACUCGGCCAAAGAAUGAGGCAGGGGAGCUGCUGGUGGGACCCGAUGACCUGCUUUACUUUGCUGAUGUAUGUGCUGCUCCAGGCGGGUUCUCUGAGUAUGUCUUGUGGCGCCGCAAGACUGACUCCAAAGGCUUUUGUGAUGCCAAGGGUUUUGGCUUCACCUUGCGGGAGAAUGACUUCAAACUCCAUGAUUUCUUUGCUGCACCAGCUGAGUUUUUUGAACCUCACUACGGUAAGAAUGGCCUGGAUGGAGAUGGAGAUGUUUAUAAGCCAGAAAACAUCACAAACUUUGUUGAAUUUGUUCGGAAGACUGCAGGAGGCUAUGGCGUACACUUCAUGAUGGCUGACGGAGGAUUCAGUGUUGAGGGCCAGGAAAACAUUCAAGAGAUUCUGUCAAAGCAGCUCUACCUUUGUCAGUUCUUGGUAGCAUUAGGAAUAAUCAGAGUCGAUGGCCAUUUUGUUUGCAAGCUAUUUGAUGUGUUCACACCGUUCAGCGUUGGUUUGAUUUAUCUCAUGUACCGCUCAUUCAAGUACGUUUCAAUUCACAAACCCAACACAAGCAGACCUGCCAACUCAGAAAGAUAUAUAAUUUGCAAAUGGAAGAAGGAGGGAACAGAGGACGUGUACAAGUACUUGUUUGAGAUGAAUGAGAGAAUCAUUGGCCUGUCCAGCACCUCAAUGGACAUUGUGGAGCUAGUGCCUGUGGAGGACCUGCAAGCAGACCAAGAGUUCUUUGAUUACAUGUACAGUUCCAAUAAUGAGAUAGGAUUCCAGCAAAUGAUAAGCCUCAAGAAGAUCCAACAGUUCUGUCAAGACACACAACUCAUUGAGCCACGACAGUCUGACCUUCGCCACCAGUGCCUGGAACAUUGGCAUCUGCCAGACCGUUCCAGGACAGCACCACAGCGCUCUGAGGCAAAGAUCAAGUUUAUCGAGCUCACCAAGGGAGAAAAUUAUGAAUACAUGUCAAGAGUGCCGGAGGAUCUGACAGUGGGAAACCUGCAAGAAAAGCUGCGUAGCCCCUAUGACUACCGCUGCUGUCUCUUGGCUGCCACUCGUGAUGGCCGCAAGGACCGGGCCUUCUAUCUUGGUCUUGGUGGCUGCAAUGUGUUCCGGUGGGAAGGGCGAGGACAUGCCACAUGGAUGAGAGUGGACACCAGGCUGGAGCUCCCACCAGAUACUCUUGUGUAUGCUGAACUGGUCACUGAGCAUCGUGGUGAACACAAGGCACAGCGGAAACUGACCACACUUCAUCUUAUUGAUGGAUUGAUACUGAAUGGAAAAGACAUCAGAACUUUGCACAUUGUGGAGAGGCACAAGUACUUGAAAAAGUUUGCUACAGCUGUGAGCAAGACAAGCCGGCCAGACCUUGCCCCAAUCAGAUGCAAGGAACUGUACAAGUCUGAGGCUGUCCAUGAGAUUCUUCAGCCUCCAAGACUGAGCCACCGGAUGAUGAAGGGUGGCCCUGUUCCUCGGCGAGUGUUUGUCCAAGUGGAGGCAAACUCAGAUCGGGAGGCUCAUUACAUAGUGCCCACAGGGAUCCUCUUCCUCAAGGCUACCAAGGACCCAUGGAUGAUGGCAUUCAGCAGGAGUCAGAACAGAAAGUACUGGUACCACACCAUCACUCGGAAGUCGACCUUUGAGUACCACCCAGAUGUGGUGGCAGCCUUUAGUUCAUCAUACAGUGGAGGAGCUGUGUGGUGGUGGGAUGCUGGUGUGCAAAUCCUGGAGACAGAGGAGGCUGCCAAGGGGAAGCUACACUUUAGAGACGUCAUGAAGCACCUCGCUCCUCCACGCUGAAGUUACUCAGACACAUCACUCAUCUUAGAAGUCAUCUUUCAUAUUGAACACUUCAUCUUAGUCACCCUUUACUGUUCACUCAUCAUCCAGCACUCAGAUACACCUCCAUGCUUACUAUUGGGAAAAUUCUAACCUGAUUAAAACAAUGCAUUCAAAAUUGGUUAACUAUUUGGACAGCAUAGAAACAUGUUAAUCUUCAUGUAAGAAAAAUGACACAUGAACACAGUUUUGCAUCACUCAGGAUUACAAUGGGUUAGAGUUUACCAAGUAGUACCUGCAAAACACACCAUUCACCAUCAGCCACACUUUAUACACUACAGAUGACUGAUGCUUUAAGUAGGGAAGCAUCUCACAUCAUAUUACACUUCACACAUCACAUUAUUCCAUUCCAUGCUGUUGUGUACAUGGGAAAUCAAAGCAGUACAACUACCAACUGUUAGUUUUUAUCUGAUUCACAAAAUUGUGAUAUGGCAGUGUGGGCUGUCAGAAUUUUAUGGAAAGGUGUAGUAUACUGAAUAUAGAUUUUUUUGAAGUGAGGUUAUAAACUGGUAAGAAAUAGACAGUAGCAUUUGAAAAGUUGAGAAUUUUGAAAGUUUCUGAUUCUGGAUUUAAGAAUCCUACACUAUACUGUAACUGCAUGUCAGUAGUGAGUCUGGACCAGGCAUAAUUAGAUGAGAGGAUGGAACUAGUAGAAAUGCAAAUGAAUGGGAGUCACUGAGACUGCAAAGAACAGAAACCGUGGGAAAAGGCUCAUAUAUGGUGUCAACUCCUGACUCCAUGGAAAAGGUGAAAGAAAUCUGGACUGGACAUAUUAUUUGUUACAAGUAUUGCAUCACUGCUGACAGGUUGUGUUGGUGUCCGACUGGCUAGUUGGCUGCAGGCUAGACGGUAGAAAAGACUAGCUAUGCCACCUUCUGGUGAUUUUAUGUUUAGAUUUGUAUGUUAAGUUGUUAUUUUUUUAUUUUUUUAUUUUUUAUUUUUUCAAUAUUCGUAUGCACUGUUUCCUGAUUUUAUUCUUCAUUGUAUUACAUUUCUAUAUUCUCUCAAAAUUUCUAAAAGUAUUUUAUUAAUUUCUCCAGUUAUGUUCUUAUGUGAACUUGUAUGUUUGUUUCCCAAGUGUGAAUCUUACCUGGAAUGUUUAUGAAAAAAUAUUGGUGAUGAGAGAGAGAGAGAUGACUGUACAAAAUGCACAAUUCAUUAAAGUUAAGAUUUUGAAGAUGCCUUGCUUAUGAACCUUGCAUGUAAAGUGAAGUAAGAAGCAGAAACAUUUUGGUGACUUGAUUGUGGUAGUAAAAACAAGUAUAUUGGAUAACUAGAAGCCAUUCAUAUCUAAAAGAAGUAAUGUUCUGGACCAAGUGUGAAUUACAUAACUGAUAUGCUGAAUAGAACAUCCAUUAUUUGAAAGCAUUGCAUAUCUCUUGUUUUAUCAGUGAGAAAUGUGUUCACAUUGACUCAAUGUUGAAAAUGACUGACUCCUACAAUGUUUGGAAAGAGUUGCCUUAUAGGUUUUACAUAAAGAGUACACUGUAUUCUCCCUGCAACAUGUGAAUGAUUCAUGUAGGUUGGCUAAUUGUACAUAUUCAUUCAUAUUGAGUUUUUAGCAAUGCAGAAAGUGACUAGGUCAGUAAUAAUUUUUCUUCAAUUGGUCUGAGAUUCACAAAUUAACCUAUGCAAUCAUUCUACAAAUUCUACAAGUUUGAAUUGUCUGACUACCUGUGUGUAAGAAUAGACAACAGAGAUUAAAGUAGUCAGUUCUUGCAUUUUCCUUAUUUAACAAAAUCUUAAAUAGCUUUCUCAUUGGUUUCACUUUCCACUCAUCUAGCCCAUCCUGUGUGUUGAGCUCUAAGUGCAACACCGCUGGCUGCAGUAAGAUAAUGUUGCAUCAGCAUUUGUGAAAAGUUACAUCAAUUUUUCUAUCAAUGUUUAAAUUUGUAAAAGGUACCUCAGCCUAGCAAAUCAUUGAAUGCAGAUGGGAUUUUCCGGGUUAUAUUUAUCCUUUGCCUUUUUAAGCCAUGAAUUAAGAAAUUCUCGAGUAUUCAGUUCCAGCUCCAAGGAAAGUGCCUUUAUCAGUCCUAUCAAUCAAUAAACAACUCUUCAUUUCAAACCUGGCACUGAGAUGAACUUAAAUAGCUAUUCAUUUAAAAAGAAAAGGUAGGAGCAAUGGUUGUAAGAGUAAAAUGAAUAUAUGACAUUAAAAUUGUAUGAAGUUAAUUUUACUUUAGUCAGUUGAAAAAAGAAAAAAAAAAAAAAACUAGAAGCAAGGAUUA